CCCUCUAUCGGUGCGACCCAAUACAGUUUUCAAGAUUACCCAUUUCGAGUACUUGAAAAGGGUCACCGACGAUUCAGCAACUUGGGUUUGCUCAGAGCCAUUUUGCUGUAAAAAGAGAAAGAAGGAGAGUUGAAAGUACAGAGAAAUUCAGGAAGGGCGUCAAAAGAGUUUUUGGGAGGAUGCAUAGAAGAUGGUAAAAUUCCAUUAUUGGUGUGGGUUCCAUUAGCUAGAAAUACCUACCAAAAUGAAAUUUCUUGGAUGCUUAGGAGGCCAACAAUUCAAAGUAGCACUUACUGUGUGGGGCUCUAUUUAUUACUAUAUUUGUGGUUCUAAAAUUGAAGUGGCUCUUCACAGCUGUUCUCUCUUUGCAUUAUUAUCUCCUUCUCACCUUCUCUUCCAACUGGAUAUAAAAUAUGGCUGACGCCUUGCUCUCAGCUUCCCUUCAAGUGCUGUUUGAUCGUAUGGCGUCUCGCGACUUCAUGAACUUGUUUUCACGACGAAAAGAUGGUGAUAGACUCCUGAAGAAGCUGAAGGCAACCUUGGGAGCCCUUGAAGCAGUGGUCAGUGAUGCAGAGGACAAGUAGUUCACUAGCCGAGCAGUGGAGGAAUGGCUUGAUGCGCUUAAAGAUGCAGUCUACCAUGCUGAUGACUUACUGGAUGAGUUCGCAACGAACGCCUUGCAAAUCAAGUUGAAGGCAGCUGAGCCGUCCCAGAGCAGCAGGAAUCAGGUACGAGACAUGGUCUCCACUUUUACAUCUCCAUUUAAUGAAGGGAUAGAGUCCACGAUAGAGUAUAGGAUAGAGGAGAUCAUUGUUUCCUUGGAUUAUUUUGUCAAACAAAAAGAUAUACUUGGUUUGAAAGGUGAUGUUGGAAGGAAACAAUCUCAAAGACAACAAACAACUUCUCUAGUUGAUGAAAAUGGUGUCUAUGGUAGGGAUGACGACAAAGAGAAGAUUAUUGAUUUGUUGUUGUCUGAUGAAGUCACUAGCAUUCAUGAGAUCCCUGUAAUUCCUAUUGUGGGAAUGGGUGGAGUGGGCAAGACAACCCUUGCUCAACUUGUAUACAAUGAUGAUAGAGUGCAUCAGAAUUUUGAUAUGAAAGUAUGGGUUUUUGUUUCUGAUGAAUUUGAUGUUUCUAUGAUUACAAAGAAAAUUGUUGAGGCUGUUACCGCUUCAACCCAUGACACCAACGACCUAAAUUUACUUCAAAUCAAGUUGAAAGAUAGUUUAACCGAGAAGAAAUUUUUGCUUGUUUUAGAUGAUAUCUGGAAUGAGAAUUAUGAUGACUGGGACCUGUUAAAAAAACCUUUUAGACUAGGGGCACCUAAAAGUAGGAUUAUCGCAACAACACGUACUGAAAAUGUUGCAAAAGUCAUGUGCACUGUUCCUAGUCAUCACUUGGACCAAUUGUCAUUCGAGGAUAGCUGGUCAAUAUUUGUAAAGCAUGCAUUUCACAAUGAAGAUUUUUCUGCACAUCAAGACUUGGAGAUGAUUGGUAAAGAAAUUGUGAGCAAGUGUAAAGGCUUGCCUUUAGUAGUGAAAUCACGUGCAGGUCUCUUGCGAUCUGAAAGAGAUAUUGAGGAGUGGAAAAAUAUUUUAGAAAGUGAGAUGUGGCAUCCGCAGAACAACAUUCUUCCAUCUCUAAGAUUGAGUUAUCAUUAUCUCCCUUUGCAUUUAAAGCGAUGUUUUGCAUAUUGUUCGAUUUUUCUUAAAAAUCAUAAAUUUGAGAAGGAAAAGUUAGUCCAAUUAUGGAUAGCAGAAGGUUUUGUGCGACAACCUAAAGGCAAUAAAUCAAUGGAAGAUGAAGGUAGCAACUACUUCUCUGAACUCUUAUCAAGGUCCUUUUUUCAGCGAUUAAGUGGCACCCAUUCCUCCUUUGUAAUGCAUGACCUAGUCCAUGAUUUAGCUGAAUUUGUGUCUGGAGAGUUUUGUUUUAGGAAACAGGAUGAUCAUGACAAGCCAGGUGAUUUCUCUGAAAAAGUCCGUCAUUGCUCGUAUGUUCGGGCCCGAUACGAUGCAUUUGAGAAAUUUAGUUUUGCUAAUAAGGCUAAGAAUUUACGAACUUUCAUAUCGUUUUCUCAAAUUCCAACUAAUUUCUUAAGCAAUAAGAUGUUGCAUUAUUUGCUGCCAACCCUGAGAUGCUUAAGGGUGUUAUCUUUAAGUGGUUAUCAGAUUUCUGAAUUGCCUCAAACAAUUGACAAUUUGAUACAUUUACGCCAUUUGGAUCUCUCUAGAACAAGACUCAUAUUGUUACCUCAUUCCGUUUCAACCUUGUGCAAUCUACAAACAUUGAAUUUGUCCCAGUGUCAAGAUCUCAUUGAGUUGCCAAGGGAUAUUGGGAAGCUAGUUAACUUGCGCCAGCUGAAUGUUUGUUGUACAAAGCUAACAAAGUUGCCUGUAACUAUGGGGAAGCUAAUUAACUUGUACUAUUUGAAUGUUUGUAAUACUAGGCUAACAAAGUUGCCUCUAGAUAUGGGGAAACUAAUAAACUUGCGCCAUCUUGAUAUCACUGGAAGUAAGCUAAUAAAAAUGCCAAUGCAGAUGAGCAGACUGGUAGGUCUCCAACAUUUAACACAUUUUGUAGUUGGCAAGGAUAGUGGGUCAAGGAUCAGUGAGUUGGGGACACUUCAUCAUCUUCAUGGGAAACUCUCCAUUUUAAACCUGCAAAAUGUGGUAAAUGGUAGGGAUGCACUGGAGGCCAAUUUCAAGGAUAAGAAUCACCUAGAAGAGUUAGAAUUGGAAUGGAGUGGCAAUACUCAUGAUUCACAAAAUGAAAGAGAUGUACUUGACAAUCUAAAGCCUCAUACAAACUUGAAAUAUGUCACAGUCAAAGGUUUUGGAGGAAGAAGAUUUCCAGAUUGGUUAGGAGAUCUUUCAUUCUCUAAUAUCGUUCGUAUAAAUCUUUCUAAUUGUGAAUACUGUGACUCCUUGCCGUCACUUGGGCAGCUGUCGUCUCUAAAACACGUUUACAUUUUUGGGAUGAAAGAAGUCAGGAAGGUGGGUGGGGAGUUCUAUGGGGAUGCCUCUGUGCUCAAACCAUUUGAAGCUUUGGAGACAUUACACUUCGAAAAAAUGGCAGCGUGGGAGGAAUGGCAUGCAUUAGGGGCGGGAGAGUUUUCUUGCCUUCUAGAUCUUUCUCUAUUCUGUUGCCCCAAUCUGACCGGGGAAUUAAGCAACCACUUUCCAUGUUUAAGGACCCUCAGAAUUUCUGAAUGCCAACAGCUAGAAUCUAAUCAAGUUGGGCUGCAGCUACAGCACCUUCCUUCUCUACAGCAAUUGAUAAUUUCAAAUAUGCCAAACUUGACGCAAUUGCCGCCAGAGUUGCAAAACCUGUGUUCUCUUCAGGAAUUGGAGAUUUCAAACAUGUCAAACUUGAUACAAUUGCCGUCGGAGUUGAAACAACUACAUUCUCUGCAGAAAUUGAUAAUUUUAAACAUGCCAAACCUGAAGCAAUUGCCGCCGGAGUUGUGGAGACUAAUAAAUCUUGAAAUACUGCAGAUAGAAGAAUGCUCAAGCCUUGUGUCUUUUUCGGACUUUGCAUUGCCUCCUAUGCUUAAGACUCUGGACAUUCGAGGAUGUGACACUCUGCAGUCCCUACCAGAGGGAAUGAUGCGCUUCAACAUUUGCCUUGAGGAUUUAUCCAUCUCUGAUUGUUCCUCUCUGCUGUCUUUUCCCAUUAGUGGUUUACCUGACACAUCGAAAAAGAUUUACAUCUCUGAUUGCGAGAAAUUGGAGUUUCCCAUAAUGUCUGAAGAGGAAAUGGAACCCUGCUCCGCAUCCGUUGAACAAUUGUUCAUACGGAACAGCUGUGAUUCUAUCAAAUCUCCGUCAUUGCGUUGCUUCCCCAAACUUUGUUCUCUCCAUAUCUGGAGGUGUAAAAAUUUUGAGACCCUUUUGAUUCCAGACGUGCUUCAAUAUCUGGUAGAGAUUGAGAUCUGCAUCUGCCCUGAAAUGGUAUCCUUCCCCGAUGGAGGAUUGCCAGCUCCCAAUCUGAAGUCCCUUAUAGUUGUAAAUUGCGAGAAACUGAAGUUGCUGCCGCAACAAAUGGUCAUCCAUCUCCCAUCUCUUCAAUCAUUGAAGAUAAGGGACUGUCCAAAAGUUGAGUCCUUUUCAGACGGAGGCUUGCCUGCCAGCAUACGUCAAGUUGAGAUCCAUAAUUGUCAGGAACUCAUGAGACGCCGCAUGGAGUGGGGUUUGCAUAUGCUCCCCUCUCUGGAAGAAUUCUCGAUUAGCGGUGAAUAUGAAGAACAAGUGUUGGAGUCAUUUCCGGAGGAGUGGCUGUUGUCCACCCCUCUUACCUCUCUUAUGAUUGAAUACCUUCCAAAUCUGAAGUCACUGAACCCCAAGGGCCUUCAACGCCUCACCUCUCUUACACGUCUACACAUAUUGAACUGCCCUAAGCUACUGUCCUUGCCAGAAGAGGGGCUGCCCAACUCCCUAUCUUUCCUGAGUAUAUACAACUGUCCAUUGCUGAAAGAAUGUUACAAAGGGAAAGAUUGGUCUGAGAUUGCUCAAAUCCGCCGCAUAAUACUAGAUGGUGAAGACAUCAUAAACUUUUGAGUAAAACUCACUUAAAAUGGAUCCUUUAGGUUUUUAUUCCUGCUGAAAAAGCCCCGAAUUCAAUUCAGGUACUUGUUUUACACUCUAUACAACAUAACCAAAAAUUGUUAUGUUUCUUCUAUCCAGUAAUUAUUUUCUGCUAUUUUUCCUCUCAUAUUCAACACCAGUGUUAUUUGGGUUUCUUGGACCACUAGCAAGAUUUAUGACCAAAUCAAUUUUGUGAUCAUGCCCCAAAUGAAUCCUCACUUUUUUCAAAUCUCAAAAUUAUUGCAGGGAAAUCUCAUUCUUCAUCACGUAUGUGCGUCCUCAUUGGGAAGAUACAGUCUUAAUUAAUGUUAAUUCUCCAAGUAUAUGAUGUUUAAUAGGUCUUAUUUAGUUUCAAAAAUUGUUGCCAACCAAUAUACUCUUCUUUUGCAGCAAAGUAUACUUUACCUCUGUCCCCCAAGUUUCCAUUACAAACAAAGAAGAAAAAUAAGGACAAACGAGGGCAAUUAAAUGGCUUUAUGGGAUAAUCGGUAUACUUUUUGCAUAGGCAAGCGUAGCAGUAUCCAACCAAUUUUGUCCACGGAACAAAGAAUCGGGAGAGGGAGGGGUUUUAGACAAAGAUCUGAAUACCGAGAGGGAAAUGUAGCUAGAAUCUGUAGCAUUCUUUGUCUUUCCUUUAUGAUUCUGAAAUUCCAUUGGAUUUUCCAAAGAACUGCUAAACAUUCGACAUUCUUGAAUAUUGUGGCGUGUACAACAAACAUUGGUGGCAGAGGGGCAACAUUAAUCUCUGAUGAGUCCUAUUUUCAACACAGCAAGAUCGAUGAAUUUCUUUGGGGCGCUGCCUGGUUCAGAGUAAAACGCUUGAGGAUCAGUGUUCUUCUGAUUCGAGUUCAUGCUUCACAGCAGUCAAUCCGGAAAAUACAAAAGGUUACGUCUACCUCAGCUCCUCUCUCCCAAGGACCCUUCAUUGGCACGACCAGAACUGGAGGACAUCUGGAUUCUGAUAUUGGAAAAACUGUUGCAGAAUCACAAAUCAGUGGAUUCCAGAAGUACUGAUAAUUGUUAAGUCAUAUUUUUAUAUGCAUGCUGGGAAGGACAAAAGAGAUAAUUCGUAUAUGUUUUGAGCUCACAUGAACGCAGGCAUGAUGUGAAGUUGCGCAAUUAAUUCUAUGAUGAGGACAUACAUAUGAGUGGAUAAUAAUAAUGUCGGAAAACGGAUAGAUUAUCACAAACUCAAGGCCUUCUGCAACAAAACCACAGAGCCUUGGCCUCCUGAACGGCUUGGAGAUGAUUUAUCCUCUGUAUCUUAAAUAAGGGUGGCAUCCUAUGUCUCAUCUCUUAUCGUUUCAACAUCAGCGACCAUGAGAAUUUCAUUUGGUUGCUGAAGUGAAGUUGAGAAUACAGGUACAGGAUUCAAGAUUUGGAGAUUUCACUUGCCUUCGGUGAUUUGUAGCCUCUUAUGACAAGACUUGUAUUUUUGUUCUAAUUAUGUAAUGUGUACAUAAGUACACCUUUUGUAGUGUAUUUGACAUGUAUGACAUGAGGCCAAGGGCCAAGCAAGUUUACAUUUGCACUAGUAAUCAUUUGGUGCCAUAUUUUGCUUAAAAAUGUAUCUUAACCAACUUUGGGGGUUUGACAUGUGAAAUCUUUGUAAUUUUCAUGUAUGAGGUCAUAAGCCGUUGCAAUACAUUCAUAUAUUC